AUGCAACGAUCUGACAAUGGGUUUCUUAAUGCCUAUAAAUCAUUUAUCAAUGACAAGCGGGAGGCCUUUGAUAUAAUAUACAACCGGGAAGUGCUAGAGAAGCCCGAAGUUUUGCUAGUUCUUGAUUCUUCCUUCAAUCCUCCCCAUUGGGGACAUUACACACUGGUAAAGAAAGGCUUGGAGCUAUAUCAUCAAAAAUCAACUCAAGUCCUUCUUUUAUUAUCAGUGAAUAAUGCUGAUAAGGCUCCAAAGCCAGCUUCGUUUGAUAAAAGAAUGGAAAUGAUGUGUUUACUCGCAGAUAUGAUGCAUGAAGAUGGUAUUGCUGUUUCGGUUGGGAUAACUGCUCAUGGGAAAUACGUUGACAAGUUCAAUGUAUUGAGAGGCUUCUACAAGCACACAGGAAUCAUGUCCUUUUUAGUUGGGUUUGAUACUCUGGUGAGGAUCUUUGAUGCCAAAUAUUAUAGCCCUCAACUUCCUGCUGAAGCGUUGAGAGAUUUCAUGUCGUCAACUGAGUUAUGCUGCUUGACUCGAGAAGGUGAACACCCCUCCAAGACCCAGCUUGAAUACGCUUCGGACAUCAUAAAUGGUGCAUACGAGCCCAUGAUACCUCGCAACUGGGGUGAGAAAAUUCACAUAAUGGAGAAUGACGAACGGUUUGAAUCUGUUUCAUCAUCUGCCAUUAGGAAGGCCGUAUUGGCCGGCUGUUCUUUUGAAACGUUAGAGAAAUUGACGCCUUCAGCAAUUGCUAAAUACAUAGCCGCUUCGAAAGACCACAUAUUCUAA